UGGAGCUCCUUACAGCACAACAGGUUACUGUGGGCGAGACUGUGAGGAAAGCCUCUGCCAUAUUUCUACCCUCGGUCCAGGACAUGUAUCCAUCUGGUAUAAGCCAAGAUGUUUCAACACAAAAGGGAGCGUUCGUCGAGAUGAAGGGAUACGGACAUCAGAUGGAAGGCGCAAGCAGGCCGACAUUUUUCCGGGGCGUGGUGACAGUUGUAACCAAGCUAUUCAACGUGGUCCAGCCUACAAAUGCGUAUUUCGGUCAGAAAGAUAUUCAGCAAGCCUUACUUCUUCGGAGACUCUGCAAGGACCUGCUUUUCCCACACCCCGAAGCUGACCACGUCCAUAUUGUCCCCACGACUCGUGACCCGAACGAUGGGCUUGCUUUAUCGUCCAGAAACGCAUAUCUAUCUGAAAAUGAGCGGAAAUUUGCACCUGCGAUUUACAAGGCCCUACAAUACGCCAAGUCCGCGUGGUCGAACGGCGAAUCCAAGGACCGAUGCAUUUCAAAAGCUGUCUCUGUCAUCGACGAAGUAAAAGCACAGGCUGCCAUAGAUGGAGUGGAUAUGCGGCUGGAUUAUAUAGAGAUGAAUGAUUCGGAGACAUUCGAUGUCUUGGACGCGUCUUCGAAUCAUCAGUUGGCAGGAGAUAUACCUGUGAUUCUGAGCGGUGCGCUAUGGGUUGGGAAGACCAGGUUGAUCGACAAUAUCGUAGUUGGUGACCUCAAACGUAUAAUAAGAUAGCUCACAAAUAGAUGCGGGUGUGGCAAGAUUAUUAAAUGCUGAAGCGCAUCAGAGUCAGACUAGCUACUGUCCGAUCCAUUAGCAGUUGCCGAGCCACAUCUCCUUCACCUCCAACUACUAGUACCUUCCGCGAUCGCCAACCACCGUGACGAUGGCCCGGGCGCAUUCGAGAGUGAUGCUAACCAACGGCACUUUGCCAUCCACUCAACUCAACCAAUUUUCGGCGGUACACCCUUUCACUCAGCAGCUAGACAUCGUGUUUCCUGCUUCCGAUGAACUCGAGAAGGCGCUUACAUCCCUGAAGCCCACAUACUAUAAAAAA